AUGGCUCAAUCAAUUAAUCCCAUCAGUGGGGACUUCACUGAUGAUGACAAACUGGAUGGCGUCGAACAUGUGGAAGAGUCAGGAACAAUCACGUGGACCCCCGAAGAAGAGAAGAAACUCGUCAGAAAGAUUGAUCUUUUCCUAAUGCCCACGAUAUGGCUCAUGUACCUAUUAUCGUACAUGGACAGAACAAACAUCGGCAAUGCAAGAAUCGCAGGCAUGGCUAUUGAUCUCGAACUGAGCUCGAGCCAAUACAGUAUUGCCCUCGUCGUCUUCUUCAUUGGCUACGUCGUCUGUGAACCCCCGUCGAAUAUGAUCCUUGUCCGCACUCGGCCUUCUCUGUACCUUCCAGCCAUCAUGGCGAUCUGGGGCGCCCUGACUUGCGUCAUGGCUGCCAUUAAAGACUUCCACCACUUGGUUAUCCUUCGGAUCUUCGUCGGAAUUAUGGAGUCUGGUUUCGCACCCGGUAUCUUGCUUAUAAUCUCAUCUUGGUAUAAGAGAGAUGAGCAGUCGAAGCGUUUUGCUGUGUUCAUGUCCGCUGCAAUUUUGUCAGGGGCGUUUGGGGGGUUGCUCGCCGGUGCCAUUACCGGGGGUUUGGAGGGUGCACACGGAAUUAGGGGGUGGAGGUGGCUGUUCAUUGUUGAGGGGGUCGCGACGAUCGUGUGGGCUGUUAUCUCGGCAUUCAUUUUGCUUGAUUUCCCGGCAAAUUCGAAGAGGUUAACUGAUAGGGAGAGGGAUAUCGCGAUUGCGAGGCUGACGGAAGGGGGUGUUACGGUGCGGUCGAAGGAUCGGCCGAAGAUUGGGGUAGGGCAGUCAUUCUUACUUGCGGUGAAGGACUGGCGGACCUGGGGAUUUGUUCUGGGGUACAUGGUCAUUGUCGGCUCAUCGACGCUCUCUUACUUCUACCCGACUUUGGUCAAUGGCCUCGGGUUCAAAUCAACCGUUCAAGCCCAGUACAUGACCGUUCCGAUCUACGCCUUCGCCUUUGUCUGUACAGUUAUAACGGGCUACUUCUCCGACCGCAUCCCUGAUCAUCGCGGAAUCGUAAUCGCCCCUUGGCUGGCCUUCUCCAUGAUCACCUCCAUCGUCGUCUGCGCCGUUUACAACUUCACCGCUCGGUAUGUGUUGCUCAUUGUCAUGGCAGCCGGACUCUGGGCCUCAAACGCACUCUCCUUGUCUUUCGCUUCCUCUACGUUUGGGUCAAUGGAACCGGAAGUCAGAGCCGUCGCGCUGGCGGUAAUGAAUGCAAUGGGCAACCUGGCCCAAAUCUAUGGGGCAUAUCUCUUUCCUUCGGAGGAUGCGCCGAAGUAUCUUGUGGGAUUUGGAGUUAUUUCGGAGCUCGAUUCAAGCUGCAAGUACCUCCGCGAGCGCAAAAAGCGAGGAAAGGUAUCCCGAAAGGACCUCGCGAAGCAACUCGCCACCGCUGCCGCCGCUGCUGCUACCGCUUCCGGGGAAGUGAGUCAGGGUAGCUCACAAUCGGUCAAGAGCAACUCGCUGGAAGUUCAGAAUGCAGUUAAGCCUGCAGGCUGCGGCAACCGAGUGAUUGAAAGUCGUGUACCGGCCAGCCAGCUUGCGCCGCCUACUUUACCUUCACUGCAAUCCAUAAUCCAAGAGGAGCCUCACUCAACGGAGACGAACAAGCGUCACAACGGAAUAGUCACUAUGACGUCCAUAGACCCAGCGCACCAUCAUGCCCUGAGUGCUGACGGCAGGCUGGAUGCAGGUUAUUACAUGACAACUACGUUCAUUGACAAUGGCAGUACUGCUUCGGACAAGCAAGUUGCCCCCGGAGCGAGUAUGACCGAUUAUGCGUCAAAUGAUCAGUAUCGAAAUGCAGUAGUGCAUCCCUCAGUUGCGCCAACUGAGCAUCCUCCUUUACAUAGCGCCACAGAUACUCUUCCACAUUCAACGCUACCGCCGAGUAACCUGCAGGCUUAUGAGAAUGGCUUUUACACCUUGGCUCAUCCCCAAACCGAUCCGGGUCCACCAAACGGUUUCCAGUCGAACACGACGAAUGGUCCACUCCUGAGUUUCUUGGGAUCUCCACCAGCUGCCGGGUCACCUGAAUGGCUAUCACUGCCUUCGCCUUCGGCGGCCCUGUACACUCAUAACCAGUCGGUCAAUCCAAUCCAAAACCAGAAGUUACGAUACCCUGUCUUGCAGCCGCUCCUGCCUUAUUUGGGCUCUGUAGUACACGUAUCUCUUGCUCGCGACCUGCUCGACGCUUAUUUCCAGAGUUCUUCAGCCACAUUCAUGCAGCCUGCUUCACCAUAUGUCCUGGGCUAUGUUUUCAGGAAACGAUCCUUCCUCAGGGAAACGAGUCCACGUGUAUGCAGUCCUGCUCUCCUCGCAAGCAUGCUUUUUAUCGGUGCUCAGACUAGCGAGUUAACCCUGCUCACCUCACCGCCCUCAGCACGCAGUAAGAUCUGCCGUAAGCUGCUGGAACUUACGGUAAGAUUGCUAAAGCCGCUGAUUCAUACUCCGAGUGCGAGCAACGAAGCAACGCACGGUUCCGCCGCAAGUAGUGUCUUCAACGGUGCCGCCCUCGGUGGAUUAGGCAUUGAACCAUCAGAUGCGCUACAAGGGACGGAAGGCGUCACACCCGGUGCUACAGGAGCAUUGGAUGAUGUCGCUACGUACAUGCAUCUCGCCACCGUUAUCUCAGCUACUGAGAACAAAGCAGCGAGCUUACGAUGGUGGAAUGCCGCUUGGUCACUUGCUAGGGAGCUCAAGUUGAGCCGGGAACUACCGCCAAACCCUGUUGAGUCACCCUUUCAGGAAGCCGCAUCCGGAAUGGAAAGGGACAUGGAAGGAAGGUUUGAUCUCGAGAUGGGCAAAGAUGGGAUUUAUCAAGAGCCGAGACGAGUUGAUACUAUGCAAGAUCCACCCGUGAUUAUUACGGAAGAAGAACGAGAAGAACGGCGGCGCAUAUGGUGGCUGCUUUACACAAUGGACCGUCACCUGUCGCUCUGCUAUAACAAGCCAUUGUUUUUGCUAGACGCCGAGUGCGAAGGGCUGUUACAACCCAUCGAUGACUCGAUCUGGCAAGCGGGAGAGUACUACAGCAUGGAGCCGCAUCAUGUAUAUGUGGAUUCCGGCCCGACUUAUGUGCGCAGGAUAGGACCUACAUUCGAAUGUACAGGAUACAGUAUAUUCGGCUACUUCACGCCAUUAAUGACGAUUCUAGGAGAGAUCGUCGACCUCAAACACGCACGAAACCAUCCUUGGCUUGGACUGCGCUUCCGUAGCGGCUCCCAUUGGGAUGAGUACCAAGCUGAGAUCGCAGUGCAACUUGAGGUGUACGGCAGAAGCCUUCGAGAACUUGAGGCCCGCAACACGAGCACUCCCAUGGAUUAUACAACAGAAGAGGGCCACCCCGAAGCUGCCACUCAGCCAGUCCACCGACUCAGCACAUCCGGCACGCGCAUUACCGAGUCCAUUCUUCAGACGAAAAUGGUCGUCGCGUACGGCACGUACCUCAUGCAUACCUUGCACACACUGCUCAACGGAAAGUGGGACCCCAUCUCCCUGCUCGACGACAACGAUCUCUGGAUAUCCUCACAAUCCUUUAUAACGGCGACCGGCCACGCAGUCUCCGCCGCAGAAGCGCUAAGCGACGUCCUCGAGCACGACCCGGAUGCAAGCUUCAUGCCGUUCUUCUUCGGCAUCUACUUGCUGCAGGGCAGUUUUCUCCUGCUUCUGAUUGCGGACAAGCUGCAAGGCGACGCCGGUCCAAGCGUAGUCAAGGCGUGUGAAACGAUAGUUAGAGCGCAUGAAGCUUGCGUGGUUACGCUGAACACGGAGUAUCAGCGCAAUUUCCGCAGAGUCAUGCGGUCGGCUCUGGCGCAAGUCAGGGGUAGGCUGCCCGAGGAUCCCGGGGAAGCACAGUCGCGCCGGCGGAAGGUGCUCGCGCUAUACCGGUGGACUGGCAGUGGGACGGGGCUUGCGUUAUGA